AUGGCCGCCAUUCAACACGAAAAUUUUGCGAAAAGAUCGCAAUUCAAUGCCAUCCACCCGCCGGGACGCAUCGGGCAGGCGGGACUGGACAGCAGCGGGACCUCGGGCACCUGCAAUUUUCAUCCACGACAGGUUUCAGCUCCAGACUCGAUACCUGGCGACCCCAUUGAGUCCAUCGAGUCCAUCGCCUUGUAUCACCCCGUCCGCCAUGGACACGUCAUGGACAGCAGGGAGGUCGUUGGAGCCAACGACGCCGCGUCUGCACCCGAGCCCGACCACAACGAGCCCGCGCCCCCCGAGCGCGGAACAUACGUGGGCCGGCCGCCCACAGCGCCUAUCCAAGCUCGUCAUUCCGAUCUAGCAUCGCAGCGGGGCAGACAGGGGCAGGUUGUGGUCGCGGGCAAAGUGUAG